GUCACCCGCGAGUGACCUAACAGACUCACUCACAGCCAGUCACCAUUUACCAUUACCAGACUCCGACUUUGGCUCUGGCGCCGAUUCCAGGCUUCUCCAUUUUCCCAAGAAAAUCCCAUUCCUCACCAUGUUCCUCCAAUUCCUGAGGAAGGCUUCGCAGAGCCAAAACAAAGUGAUUCUCUCUGCAAUCUCACGAUCAUUCUCGUCUCACCUCUGCUCACUACCUUCGUCUGGUAUUGCCUUCGACAUCGACGGCGUCGUUUUACGCAGCGAAGUUCCCAUCGGAGGCUCUCCGCAAGCCCUCAGACGCUUGUACGACGACUCAGGUGCAUUGAAGGUUCCGUACAUAUUCCUGACAAACGGAGGCGGUUUUCGUGAAUCUAAAAGAGCCUUGGAGCUAAGUGAACUUUUGGGUGUAAAUAUUUCACCUUCACAGGUUGUUCAAGGCCAUUCACCUUUUAAGCAGCUAGUAGGCAGAUUUGAGAAUGAACUUGUCGUUGCUGUGGGGAAAGGAGAACCUGCUGCAGUGAUGUCUGAAUAUGGAUUUAAAAAUGUUGUUUCAAUUGAUGACUAUGCAUCAUGCUUCGACAACAUUGACCCAUUGUUACCGUAUAAGAAAUGGACGACUAAGCAGGUUGCCUAUCAGAGUAGCAGUGCGAAAAAGAUGGACAUAAGAGAUGAGAUAUGCUCGCAGAGAGUUCAAGCAGUCUUUAUAGUUAGUGAUUCUGUUGACUGGAGCAGGGACAUUCAGGUACUCUGUGACAUAUUAAGAACCGGAGGUCUUCCUGGUCGGGAAGUUGGUCACCAACCACCAUUGUAUUUUGCACAUGAUGACCUUACUUACCAGGCCGCCUUUCCUUCUGAGCGUUUUGGUAUGGGAGCUUUCAGAAUUGCAUUAGAAUCCGUUUUCAGUAGUAAUGUCACUAGUUUAAACUAUAAAUGCAGAAUUUACCCUCAUGCUCUCAAGUACACGUCAUAUGGGAAACCAAAUCCCCUUGUAUUCAAGAAUGCAGAAACUUUGCUUGAGCAACUUGUGUCAUCUCUUCCUCGCAGCAGUCAUCUUGCUGAUCAUACAAAUGCUGGAAGCCACCAUCUCAAAAGGCUGUAUAUGAUAGGAGAUAAUCCUUCAGUUGACAUCUGCGGUGCACGGAAGGCGGGUCAUCCUUGGUUUUCUAUUCUGACAAGGACUGGAGUUUUCAAGGGAAAAGAAAAUCAUCCCAAGUUUCCAGCUGAUCUGGUUGUUGAUACCGUGGAAGAAGCGGUGGACUAUAUUUUGAGAAAGGAGUGCACCUCUUGAGUCUGGUAGUACCCUUUGAAUGUGAAGGUGGUGAUUGAUUUAAGAAGGGAAGUGUGGGGCAAAGACUGGGAUUGUCGUCUGAAACCACCGGAGAUGAAACCCAGGAACGUUAUUGAAACUGGAAUCAAUUCUUGGCGCAACUGAUUGGGAAUUCAUGGAUCAUAAUUUUUAUGAAAUCCUUUUCAAAA